UCCAAGGUAUAUUUAUGAAUGCAGUUUAGUCAGUCAGCAUGGGUAUAGUAGUAAGGAACAGAACCUAUUUGUACUCAGAAGAAAUGUCUUUUUGAAUUUUAACUGCUAAAGAUUAUAAUUUGCAAGUGUUUUAACCACUAACAGCAGAACAGGAGCCAGGUUCUAGUCAGCUGGUAACGCAGCAAGCUACACAUGAUCAUGACUACGUGACUGGUCAGGGAUGUAAACAGACCAUCAACCCAGUUCAAGCCAUGCUGCUCAACUAUGUACUUGAUAAAAACCGAUCUGGAACAGAGAUUGUUGUCAAGGAUGGGGAUGUCUGUCUGACACGGGAAGACUUCUGGAGCUUGGGCCUUCCUCAAUGUAUGGAAGCCAAUAUUGGAAAUGCAUGCUUCAGACUUGUCAAAGAAGCUGCCCAAAGACAUGGAAUAGAUGUCCACAUUCUAGACAUGUAUGCUGUUCCAACAUUGAAAACAAAGAUCGACGACCCAAUGACGGUUCUACCUGGUGACAUCUUUUCAAAAGAUGUUAUAAUCAUCCCUGCCUGGAGUCGACAACCCGGAAAACCUGACCACUACUUGCUUUGCGUGAGUCUGUUUCAAAUCUUAUCAACAGUCGAACUACAUUUUUACUCUUAGUUAUUUUCAACAUUUAUUUAUUUUUAGAGUGUAUCUAAUUUUCUUUUGGAAAAUGGUUCACAGGUACUGAAGCCAGCAAAGAGAGAGCUUUUUUUGCUGGACUCACUCAAACCAGAUGGCUUUAGCGACAGUGGUUUCCAUACCAUCUUUAGGUUUUUUCAACAUAAAAAUCAGCCCUGUUUUGUGGCUUGUUCAGUUUGGGAAUUCUACAGAAUUCAUAGUAUUCCAAAAAUGCAGGUACACAACUCAUUGGCUUUAUCUGGCAAAUGACAAAAUUUAAUUUCUAAAAAUUAUUCUUAAAGAUCACAUCUGCUUGAGGAUACUAUGAAUUUCAACAUUUUGCUUGAAUAAUAAUGAACACAAAGCCUCGUUCAAAGGCUGUUUUAAAGUUAAGCCUCGUUCAAAGGCUAUUAUAAUUUUAGUUUUGUCUUGGUUAAGCCCUGUUCAGUGGCUUCUUUUUAAACACAAAUAAAAGUAUGAGGUUGCUAAUUUGUUUUUCUGGUGAUUUUGACAGUGACCUAGCUCAUCGCAUUGCUCCAGGCAAGUGGGCAACAAAGUUUGGAAGAGACAUUGAGGGUUUUCCUCACCAAACAACUGGGAACUCUUGCGGCAUCUUCAUGUUGAUGUAUGCACUCAACAUGACGACAGGCGUUCCAUUUUCAUUCACAGAGAGGGACAUGGCACACAUCCGAAAAUGGUGGUGCAUUAGUCUGAUGGAACGAUUCCAGAUUGAUGGUCAUGGACAAAGAUUUGCAUACUGGACUAAUGAGGCUAAAGCAUUGCUCCAAGGGUCACUGCAACCAAUAUACAGGAUCCCAAAGGCCAGAAAUGGGGACAAUGAGGUUCAGUUUGAAAAGGCCAACAGAUGCUUCAUACUGGAGUUGCCGGAUUGUGUGCUCUCAGAAGUCUUGAAGGAAGUGAUCCUCCUGGAAGGAGAUAAGGCAUAUUUGACACUGGCUCUUGUAUGCACCACAUUCAGAAACACUGUGUCCACUAUCUCCUUCAGGAGACAGGCACAUUUUCUGUGGCUUGACAGUGUUGCUACAUGGAGCAUGUUUUCUGCAUCACACAGAAAGGCAUUCUAUGCCAUGUACAACAUUGAGACCUGCUUUGAAUGUGGAAAGCUAUAUAAAAACAGCACACCUGGAUAUGUUGGAACAGGAAAAAGAGGAGUACUGCAAUCCUUUUACUCUGAAUGCCCCCAUCCAGGAUACUGCAGUCACUUCUGCAGGCAAAUGCAAUAGGAAAACAAGAUAUUACACACACAAACACAAAAACACACAAAAGCUUCACUAGAUUAAAUUAACUAACCGAAGAAGUGUAUCCAAGAGGAUGGUCUAAAAAAGAAUUGUUAUAAAAGUCACAAUAAACAUAAAUGACAACAAAAAAUCAAAUGUUAAUUUCUUUUUCAUCAUACAUUUGAUUUGUACAAAUAUUAAAUGGGAUAUGAACAUCUCAGUUGUAAAUAUAAUGAAAUUAUAUAAAGCCUGUUUUUGUUGUAGCUCCACUUCCUGCAUCUCAUCCCCAACUUGCUUGCUGAGAGGAGUCAGACCCUGGGAUCCUCUGUUUUGGACCUUUGUUCUUAUUUGUUACUCAUGAGUACUAUAUUGCUCCAGUGUUUGUGUUUUUGAUUUAAAUAAAAUUUGAACUAUGAAAAAAUUUGAUCAACUCAAA